AAUUCAUCGGUUACACCCCAAUAGAUGGGAGUGUCGUCUUCCUGGUCCGUGCCCGUGGGUCCGUGCCGUCAACCUCGUCAAGGAUGGGGCUCCCGCCGAACAUGGCAAUCGUCGAACGAUAAUUCAAGCGACCGUGCAGCCUCUGACUCACGUUGGACUGAACGCUGUCUCACGAAUUGGAAAUCAUAUCCCGCUCUCUCCUGUCGGUCGGCCCUCACGAGACACGGAGCUCUCUCAACAUGAUCGUCUUUGGCCUGUGAGGGGCCCGACUUUCCUGGACAGCAGGGUGCACUUUUCACGGCCCAGGAAUCCCGCUUACGCAUUUAUCAGCAACAUGCCUGGGCCACCACCGCCGCCGCCACCAAUGUUUAACGCGCCAUCUCCUGCUGCCGGCGAGCAAGGCAGGAAUGUACUGCUGCAGUCAAUAAGGGCAGGGAAGACAUUGAAGAAGACCGUGACAGUGGAUAAAAGUAGUCCAGCGGUUUGUGGAAGGGUGAAGGGUGAGAGUUCGAACCCUAGUACAACACUCAAUGGUAGCAACAGCUCGUCGAGUAUUACCAGCAGUAGUAGCAAUAAUGGCGGUCCGGUGGGAUUGGGGGGUCUUUUUACUGGGACAAUGCCAAAGUUGAAACCAACCGGGCUCAGGGCGAAUCGGAUCGAACGCGACUCCAGCAACACGAGUUUCUCCCCAUCAACUCCGAGCCCGGCACCCAGUGUGAAACGUGGCCCACCGCCUGUGCCGCCACCAGCUACUCAAAAACCACAAGUAUUUCCCCAGGCUCCGAGCACCGUGGAGUCGACGGUUAGCAACCAUGAAGCACCUCGAGGGUUCGGCAAGCCUACCCUCGCUCCGAAGCCGCCUGUCCCGCCAUCGAUGGUGCCACAGAAGCCGUCGCCGCCGCCGAAGAAGCUCAACCUGAUGACCGGCGUCAGCGUGUCCAGGGCGCACAGUAUGCGGCUGCCCCGCUCCCCGCCAGUCCUAGCACCGACUCCACCGUCCCUGCACCAGUCCCAGGACUACCUGAACGAGCCUCAACAGCGACCAGGGAAUCGCGUGUUAAGGCCUCCGGUAGUCAGGCCCCCUUCGCCUCCGUCUUCCAGGGUGACCGUCACGAGACCGGCGCCUCCACCUCCAAGAAACCCCCCCAGCAUACCGCCCCCCUUGCCGCCGCUUCCCCAUCGCUCUGCCACGCCGCAGCAGAGGGUGACAUCGGUGUCUGCGCCGCCGACGCCUCCCACGAGGAGUUCCUCGAUGCGUACCGAGCAGUCCUCGAUUGACCUGGAGGCCAGGUUCGCGGAGAUGUUCCACUCGAUCGCUGAUUUCCCUCAGCCCGAGCCCUUCCGCAACGUCCCGAAAGUCUACAACAGCAGAAACGUUGCGAAGCAACAGGCUCCACCACCGCCUCGGCCGUCGAGUUCUACGCCCAACACGAUGCUGCGGCUCAGCAGCUCCUCCGGGGGGAAACAAUGGCAACAGGCAGCUUCCUCGGCGUGUUAAGAGAGAAGCAUGCUGGAUAUCGUCUGCGACCUUCUCGACGGAGGGUCCUAUCUACGGUGGAGCCAUCGAUGGACGUUGUCGAGCCGAGGGGGAGAGACCGAGAGUGGGUAUGGAAGGUCCAGGGGUGCCAAGAGGACGAGCGGAUACGAGAUAUUCCAAGUGCGGAAACGAAGGAAGAGACGGAUUCUAUGCGCGGAAAUGAAGGAAGAACGAUGGACAGGGUGCGAGGGCCUCCAGGGGCUUGCUUGGGUGUCUGCCGAAGGACCCAUCGGACUGUAGUCAGGGAUCCUCGACUGUAUGGCUGGGAUACGUGGAAGGGGAUAUUAAUUGCAUGCCCGUAACUCCUUUCCUUCCAUGUUUCUUAGCGGUGCAGUCGGUGGUUCCGCGUAAUUGCUCUAUUGGGUAUUGGCUGAUACUUGGCCAGGGCUUCAGACAUUUUCGGGGGCUCUCGCCACCUAGCGGAAUACGACAGAGUUAACUUCCAGGUCCGUCGACGUUGUGCCUGAAUGCGUGUGGCUGUGACGUGCUGCGGAAAACGCAAAGAAGCGUCCUGUUAUGAAAAGGACUCGGUUAGGUUAAUGGUUUAGUCACUCGUAGAGUAUCGGGCGAGGAAUCUAUAUAUGUACACACAUAUAUAUAUAUAUAAAUAUAAAUAUGAAUAUAUAAAUAUAAAUAUGUUAGGUCUCGCCAGCUGGCGCGUCGGGCGGGGUGGCGGCGCUGAUUGUCUUUCCUGCCGUCGGGAUCGCUGCACUUUAGGCUGACAAUUACGCGAAUUGUCGCGGGCGACGAAUGCAUUGAUCUCGAAUGCCGGGAGAUACGCCGUGUCGCCCGUUUGUUGGCUCGAACCUAGGACGUGGCAACAGCGAGACCGUGGUUAUUUUUUACAAGUCAGCUUGCGCACCUUAUCCAGGGAUAUCGGCGCCCUGGGUACGGCGGGUGGCCAGCUCUCGAGAGUUAACAUCACGAACUAGUAUUUAAGAUACGACGCCUGGUAUCGAAGUAGGCGCCAAUUUGGGAGCCCGAGAUCUGCGAAUUUUUGAGGAUCCAGUGCUGACAGCGCCACUCUUCGGUGGAACCUUGCAAUUAAAAGUGUUAAACUAGGGCAUCGCGUUAAGAAAAAUGCCGUGUAAUUGGUCAUAUCAUAACGUAGCGUAUUAUAAUCGCAAAAUGAAACGCGGUUUAGGUUGUCCACAUCUAUGAAACGUCACGAUGACGUAGUAUAGAGAUUCCAAGAUUUUCCGCAAGUGGCGCUGGCGUCGUUGGCUCGGCGAAAGUUCCAGAUAUCUGGGUCCCAAUUUUAGGGCUACUUCUUUUCUGUGAACCCGAUAGACGUUAUGUCUCUUACUAGUUUGCGGUUAAGUACAUACUAGGGUGAAUAAGCGAGAGGCUUUUCCCGUUGAUGCCUCGAGAACGUGACUCUGGCCACGAGAGAGGGAGAGAAAUGGCGGACCCCUUUUUUUGUCCCCCCCCGAAACUUGUAUCUAACGAACGGGAGUCCCAGACUUUAGGCCUGGGAAAUAUAUCAAGAAGUGGUGAUAUCGCUGAGGAUACGUUGCGAUAGGCUAUCAGUAUGCCGGGCUCGGAGUAAGGCGCACAAAAAAACGCGAUGCGUCCUCGUCGCAUCGGGCCGCGAAGAUAACCGCGGUGUACCUCCCCCGCGUCGGCGACCUUUGUAGAAAGAAUCCGAAUCUAAAACACGCCAAG